AUGGGCAUCCAGGCGCUGCCGCUCAUCAUCUGGCCGUCGUCCAUAGCCUCGCUUCUACGAGAGGACCAGGCCCACGUUAGCUCUCUGGAGGAAUAUCUUGCUCGAUCGCUCGGCUUCGCCCUCUUGGCCCUGGGCCUCGUCGUAGUCUUGCUCUCGGGAGCCGUGCCUCUGGGCUCUGAGGUAGACGUCCCCAAGAGCGGCAUCUCCCCCUACGCCAACGCCGUCCUCAUCGUCGCCACGUUGCACCACGCCCCCGCUAGCAUCUACUGCUACUGGAGGUACAACGGGACCGGGCAGAUGGGAUUCCUCCUGGGAAGCUUGGGCAGCGGCUUCUUCGCCGCGGGGGCCCUGUACUGCGUCAUGUUUGCCGGUGACCAGGCUAUGAUCAGCAAGCACCACCGCUUCGACCAGAGCACCAGCGGAUUCCCGUUCUCGAACUCGACGUCGUACAGGGCCAAGAAGAAGGCCCUGUGA